CUCUACAAUUCUUAUCCAAAAUGGGUCGCGUUAGAACUAAGACUGUCAAGAGGGCCUCCAAGGUUCUCAUCGAGAAGUACUAUCCUCGCUUGACUCUGGACUUCCAGACCAACAAGAAGAUUGCUUCCGAGGUCGCCAUCAUCCCCUCCAAGCGUCUCCGCAACAAGAUUGCUGGUUUCACCACCCACUUGAUGAAGCGUAUCCAACGCGGCCCCGUCCGUGGUAUCUCCUUCAAGCUUCAGGAGGAGGAGAGAGAGCGCAAGGACAACUACAUCCCCGAGGUCUCUGCCUUGGAUACCUCUGCUAUUGAGAUUGACACUGAGACCCAGAACUUGCUCAAGUCCUUGAACUUCGAGGAUUUGGCUGGUGUCACCGCCAUUGAGGUCAAGCAGGCUCCUAUCGAGACCCGCAAGCCCCGUGGCCCCCGUCCCGACCGCGCUUAAAGAAAUAAAACGCAACAUCUUUCUGUUGAUAUUUCUUUUUGAAAACUUCAAA